AUGAAGAAGCAUAUCUUGUGUAGAAAAUAUUUUUCGUAUGAUGGCUUCACCAGCUUGAAACAUCGCGGUGGUGGAAUUGUAUGUGUUCGGUUUAGCUUUGGUACGUUCGUGGGUUCGAAGAUUCUGGACGAUUCUGAAAUUUCGGAUGCCGAAGAUUUGGAGGUUUCUUGCGUAAUUCAAUAUAAGAACUUUCUACAUAAGACCCACGAAAAUUCCGGAGCUGGGCCACCUCUUUACAAUAGGUUGCUGAAGAGAUGUACUGAAAUGCGAAAGCUGAGAGAAGGAAAAAUGGUCCAUGCCCAUUUUUUGAAUUCCCAAUUCAGAGAUGACCCUGUUAUUGGGAACACCAUACUAAACAUGUAUGCGAAAUGUGGCAGUCUUGCGGAUGCUCGUAAGUUGUUCGAUGAAAUGCCUCUGAAGGAUAUUGUGACUUGGACUGCCUUGAUCAGUGGCUAUUCUCAGCAUGAUCAAGCUGAGGAAGCGCUUGCUUUGUUUCCGCUGAUGCUACGGCGUGGAUUGGAGCCGAACCAGUUCACUCUCUCCAGCUUGUUGAAGGCUUCUGGAGAUGGAACGACCAAUAAGCGCGGUAGACAACUUCACGCGUAUUGUUUGAAGUGUGGUUAUGAUUCUGAUGUUUAUGUGGGAAGUUCUCUUGUUGACACGUAUGCCAGGUAUGGGCAUUUAGUUGAAGCUCGGUUGAUCUUUGAUGGCCUGGUGACCAAGAAUGAGGUGUCUUGGAAUGCUUUGAUUGCUGGGCAUUCCAGGAAAGGUGAAACGGAGAACGCCCUUAGGUUGUUCUCGAUGAUGCAUAGGGAAGAUUUUAAGCCUACUCAUUUUACGUAUUCGAGUUUGUGCACUGCUUGUGCUAGUACGGGAUCUCUAGAGCAGGGCAAGUGGGUUCAUGCACAUGUGAUCAAGUCUGAUUGUAGACUUGUUGCUUUUGUUGGAAACACACUUCUUGACAUGUAUGCAAAAUCCGGUAGCAUCGAGGAUGCCAAAAAAGUUUUUGAUAGGUUGGUCAAGCAAGACGUAGUUUCUUGGAACUCGAUGCUUAAGGGUUAUGCCCAACAUGGACUCGGAAGGAAAACAGUGCAAUAUUUUGAAGAAAUGAUGACGAGUGGAAUUGAACCGAAUAGCAUAACCUUCCUUUCUGUUCUGACCGCUUGUAGCCAUGCUGGGCUUUUGGAUGAAGGACGACACUAUUUUGAAUUGAUGAAGAAGUACAAGGUAGAGCCAGAUGUUUCACAUUACGUGACAAUGGUCGAUCUUCUUGGUCGUGCAGGUCUGCUUGAUCAAGCUGAGAGGUACAUAAGAGAGAUGCCUAUUGAA